AUGAAACCUUUGCUAGAAGGGCUCAUUUCCGGUGCCCAGAGUGCUUUUGUGCCUGGCCGCCUAAUAACAGAUAAUAUUAUGUUAGCCUAUGAGGUUCAUCAUUACUUAAGGAGAAAGACCCAGGGUAAAGAGGGGAUCGUGGCAUUGAAGGUGGAUAUGAGCAAGGCGUAUGACCGGGUUGAAUGGGGUUUUCUUGAUGCAAUAUUGCUGAAAAUGGGUUUUGCAGCGCGGUGGGUCAGUAUUCUAAUGGAGACCGUAAGUUCAGUUCAGUAUCAUAUUCUGCAUGAGCAAAGCCAGCUUGGUCCAAUCAUUCCUGGUAGAGGCCUACGACUCAUGGAGAGUGAAAACAUGCGUGAUUUACUGGACACAUAUUCUAAAGCCUCGGGGCAGAGAAUCAACUAUGACAAGUCCAUGGUUACUUUCAGUGCAAAUGUACCCCCACCCAUGCGCAAGGAGGUGCAGCGAAUUCUAGAGAUAACAGAAGGUGAUACGACAGGCAGAUAUUUUGGAUUACCAUCCCUUGUUGGUAAACGAAAGAAAGACAUCUUGGGUUUUCUUAAAGACAGGAUCCUUGCGAAGGUCCGAAGUUGGAAUGCAAAGUUCCUCUCUGGUGCUGGGCGUGAGGUGCUUUUGAAGAAUGUCAUCCAGGCAAUGCCAUCCUAUGCGAUGAUGGUAUUUCUUUUACCGAAAGGUCUAUGCAAGGAAAUUGAGGUCCUUAUGAAUGAGUACUGGUGGAGUGGAACUGUGGGGGCAAGAAAAGGGUUGAGAUGGAAGUUCUAG